AUGGAUAUCAACGAUAAUGCUCCUAGUUUCCGACGGGAUACGAUGCACUUGGAUAUUUCCGAGUCAACAAUGCCCGGGGAAAGGUUUUCUCUUAACAAUGCUGUAGAUCCAGAUAUCGGGACAAAUUCGAUCAAAACAUAUCUCCUGAGUGAAAGUGAGCACUUCUCUAUCGAAAUACAAACCGGAAGAGACGGGUCAAAGUUUGUUGAUUUAAUUUUGAACAAAGCCUUAGACAGAGAGGAGACGGCUAUUCAUAAUUUGAUACUAACAGCUGUAGACGGCGGAGUGCCUGCGCGUUCAGGUACAGCCAGUGUCAUCGUUCGCGUGCUGGAUACGAAUGACAACGCCCCGAAAUUUGAAAAAGAAAGUUUUGAAAUAAUUCUUACAGAGAACGCCCCUCUUGGUAGCCUAGUUGUACAAUUAAGAGCGACAGAUUUGGACGAAGGCUCUAACUCAGAUAUUAGUUAUUCAUUCAGUCUCUACACGUCUGAAAAAACCCAAGAGACCUUCAGCUUAAAUGAAUACAACGGUGAAAUCAGAGUAAAGGAGACAAUCAAUUAUGAAGAUUUCAACAUUUAUACCUUGGAGAUAAUAGCAAAAGAUAAAGGAGUGAAUCCUUUGUUAGGGAAAUGCAAAUUAACAAUUCUCAUCGCUGACAUGAAUGAUAAUCAUCCACAAAUUUCCAUCAAAUCAUUUCAAAGUCCCAUUAAAGAGGAUAUUGCUCUGGGUACGGUUAUUGCAAUAAUUAGUGUGAAUGACAAAGAUUCAGAAGAAAAUGGACAAAUAGACGUUCAUAUUAAUGAUAACCUACCAUUUGGGCUUAAACAGUCAGCUAACAAUUAUUACGAGCUUGUAGUUUCAGAACCGUUAGAUCGUGAAAAUGUCCCAGAAUAUGACAUCACAUUUACUGCAACAGACAGAGGAAACCCUCCAUUAUCUGAUAAUGAAACUGUAACUUUAGAACUGCUGGAUAUUAAUGACAACGUGCCACAUUUUCCGCAAUCAUUUUACACGAUACAGGUUAUGGAAAAUAAUCAACCUGGGGCUUUGCUGAGUUCUUUAACUGCUAUUGACCCUGAUCUCCAUGAAAAUCAGUAUCUCGUUUAUUUUAUAAUAGAAAAUGAAAUAGUGAACACUUCUAUGUCAAUGCUCUUUUCCAUUAAUCCAGAGAACGGUAACCUUUACGCACUAAAGACAUUUGAUUAUGAGAUAGAGAAGGAAUUUCUUUUCCACAUCGAGGCCAGAGACUCUGGUGUUCCUCCACUCAGCAGUAACGUGACUGUUCACAUUAUUAUCAUGGACCAGAACGACAACACACCGGUUAUAGUGUCUCCGUGGCGCGCGCACGGCUCAGUGGUGGAGGAGAAAAUACCGAGAUCUACCGAUAAAGGAACUCUGAUAGCCAAAGUAAUUGCGAUAGAUACAGACUCUGUGCACAACUCCCGGAUUACGUACCAGUUUCUCCAGAACACUGACGCUACUUUAUUGAGCCUGGAUCAGUACAAUGGAGAAAUCCGGACCAUGAGAAUGUUCAGUUACAGAGACUCGCGCCAUCAGAGGCUGGUGGUGAUCGCCAAGGAUAACGGAGAUCCCUCUCUCUCUGCUACAGUCACCAUCAAACUGUCCACGGUGGAGACCGCACUAAAAAGCUAUGCUGACAUGACUGAGGUGCCUUUAGAAUAUGACAUCUUUUCUGAUUUAAACCUGUAUCUGGUAAUCGGACUGGGCUCGGUGUCAUUCCUGUUAUUGAUCACCAUAUUGGUGACCAUCGUGCUGAAAUUUCAGAAACCAAAGCACAGUAAAGCUGCUCCACCUUGUAGGAACAGUGUGAUCAGUGAGAGGAACUCAACCAUUGCAGAUUCAACUCUGGUCUCCAACGAUGCCUACUGGUACAGUUUAUUUCUAGCAGAGACCAGGAAAGGAAAGCUGGUGGUUAGACAACCUGUGCCAAAGGGAACGAGAUACAUUGUGUCCAGCAUUCCGAGGAGCACAGGACUGACUGAGACUAGUGACUCGGCUGCCUCCACUUUGCAGCAAACUAAAAUGUUAAGACCUUUACGACGAUUCAGAGUUUUUUUUUUUUUUGGAAAUUGUCUACAGCACUUGGUUACUAUUUUCUCUGCUUAUACCAUUCAUAGCAUGGAUUUUCCACUGAGAAGUCCGCAAAUGAAAAGGUACAUUGUUUCCAUCCUUUUGUCUGUGUUCUUAAAUACAGCAUCGGCUGUUACGCAUUAUUCUAUUCCUGAAGAAAUGGACGCAGGUUCCGUGGUGGCUAAUUUAGCAACGGAUCUUGGACUGGAUGUUAGGACUUUGAGCAAACGCAAGAUACGACUGGAUACUUUGUCUAAUAAAAAAUAUUUGGAUCUUAACAAAGAAACAGGCGAGCUAUUAAUCAUGGAGAGGAUUGAUCGAGAAUAUAUUUGCCCAACGAAAUCAGCAGCAACUUGCAUUAUGAAGCUUGAUGCAAACAUAGAAGAUCCAGUAAGGAUGUUUAACAUUGAAUUGGAAAUUAUUGAUAUCAACGACAAUGCUCCUCAUUUCCGAAGAGACACAAUGCAUUUAGACAUUUCUGAAUCAACGCCUGUUGGAGAGCGAUUUUCAUUAAAUAAUGCAGUCGAUCCUGACAUGGGAAUAAAUUCAGUUAAAUCAUAUUAUCUUAGCGACAGUGAUUACUUUUCCAUCGAAAUUCAAACUGGUCGUGAUGGAUCGAAAUUUACAGAUUUAAUUUUGAAAAAAGCUUUAGACAGAGAGGAAGUGGCAGUUCAUAAUCUGAUACUCACUGCUGUAGAUGGCGGAGUUCCUGCGCGCUCUGGCACAGCCAGCAUUAUUGUGCGCGUUCUUGACACUAACGACAACGCCCCUCAGUUUGAUAAAGACAGUUACACCAUAAACAUAACGGAAAACUCUCCGAUUGGAAGCCUUGUAGUGAAAUUAAAUGCAACCGACGCCGAUGACGGAUCGAAUUCCGACCUGACCUACGCAUACAGUUUAUAUACGACAGAGAAAACGCAGCAAACUUUCAGUUUAAACCCAGAUACUGGGGAAAUUAGAGUUAAAGCAAUGAUUAAUUACGAGGAUUUCAGGAUUUAUGACAUGGAAAUUGUGGCAACAGACAAAGGAACGAAUUCCUUAUCAGGGAAUUGUAAAGUAAGAAUUUUAAUCGCGGAUAUGAAUGAUAACCAUCCAGAAAUAUCCAUCAGGUCAUUCACAAGCCCAAUCAAAGAGGAUGUAGUUGUAGGUACAGUUAUUGCAGUGAUUAGUGUUAGUGAUAAAGAUUCGGGAGAAAAUGGUCAAAUUGACGUUGAUAUUUCGGACAAGCUGCCCUUUCGUCUGAAAGAAUCAUCUGAUAAGUAUUACGAGCUCGUGGUAUCCGAACCACUUGACCGUGAAAAAGUAGCAGAAUAUGAGAUUACAUUCACCGUCACUGACAGAGGAAACCCUCCAUUAUCUGAUAAUGAAACUGUAACUCUCGAACUGCUGGACGUUAAUGACAACGCCCCACAGUUUCCUCGAUCAUUUUAUACCUUGCAGGUGAAAGAAAAUAAUCCACCUGGAGCUUUACUGAGCUCCCUGACCGCACACGACCCAGACCUCCAUGAAAAUCAAUAUCUCGUUUAUUUUAUAAUAGAAAAGGAAAUCGUGAAUACUUCUAUGUCCAUGCUGUUCUCCAUUAAUCCAGAGAACGGUAACCUUUAUGCACUAAAGACAUUUGAUUAUGAGAUAGAGAAGGAAUUUCUUUUCCACAUCGAGGCCAGAGACUCUGGUGUUCCUCCACUCAGCAGUAACGUGACUGUUCACAUUAUUAUCAUGGACCAGAACGACAACACACCGGUUAUAGUGUCUCCGUGGCGCGCGCACGGCUCAGUGGUGGAGGAGAAAAUACCGAGAUCUACCGAUAAAGGAACUCUGAUAGCCAAAGUCAUUGCUAUAGACACAGACUCUGUGCACAAUUCCCGGAUUACGUACCAGUUUCUCCAGAACACUGACGCUACAUUAUUCAGCCUGGAUCAGUACAAUGGAGAAAUCCGGACCAUGAGGAUGUUCAGUUACAGAGACUCGCGCCAUCAGCGGCUGGUGGUGAUCGCCAAGGAUAACGGAGAUCCCUCUCUCUCUGCUACAGUCACCAUCAAACUGUCCACUGUGGAAACCGCGCUUAAAAGCUAUGCUGACAUGACUGAGGUGCCUUUAGAGUAUGACAUCUUUUCUGAUUUAAACCUGUAUCUGGUAAUCGGACUGGGCUCAGUGUCAUUCCUGUUACUGAUCACCAUAUUGGUGACCAUCGUGCUGAAAUGUCAGAAACCGAAGCCCAGUAAAGCUGCUCCUCCCUGUAGGAACAGUGUGAUCAGUGAGAGGAACUCGACCAUCGCAGAUUCCACUCUGGUCUCUAACGAUGCCUACUGGUACAGUUUAUUUCUUGCUGAGACCAGGAAAGGAAAGCUGGUAGUUAGACAACCUGUGCCAAAGGGGACGAGGUACAUUGUGUCCAGCAUACCGAGGAGCACAGGACUGACUGAGACUAGUGACUCGGCUGCCUCCACUUUGCAGGUAGGAAAGAAUUUCCUUCCCAGAGAAACAUACGAUAGAUUAAAAGUAGGGAAAACACGUCCUAACUGCAAUGAUUAUUCAAAAUGA